ACCGCCCAUUUUGCUUGGCCAAGAAAGGAAUCAGCAUGGCAGUCAAUGCAGCGCUGCAGAGGGGCGCAGUGGUGGCGGCUCCUGCGGGGAGACAUACAGCUUCCAUCAUCUUUCUUCAUGGUUCAGGUGAUACUGGCCAAGGAAUAAGAGACUGGAUCAAGCAGGUUUUGAAUCAGGAUUUGUCGUUUCAACAUAUAAAGGUCAUUUAUCCAACAGCUCCUGCCAGACCAUAUACACCUAUGAGAGGGUCCUUGUCCAGUGUGUGGUUUGACAGAUAUAAGAUCUCUAACGAUUGCCCAGAACAUAUUGAAACCAUUGAUUCAAUGUGUCAAGCACUUACAGGGUUGAUUGAUGAUGAAGUUAAAAAUGGCAUCAAGAAGAACAGAAUACUCUUGGGUGGAUUUUCAAUGGGUGGAGGCAUGGCGAUGCAUUUAGCCUAUAGAUAUCACCAAGAUGUGGCUGGAGUGUUUGCUCUUUCAAGCUUCCUUAAUAAGAACUCUUCUGUUUAUCAGGCACUGAAGAAGGAUGGACGAGAACUCCCAGAAUUAUUUCAAUGUCAUGGAACUGCUGAUGAACUAGUUCUGUAUUCUUGGGGUGAAGAAACCAACAAGAUGUUAAAAUCUCUGGGUGUAGCAACUACUUUUUUUGAGUUUCCAAACAUUUAUCAUGAACUGAACAAAAGUGAGUUAGAAAAACUGCAAACAUGGAUUUUGAAGAAAUUACCAGAAGAAUCCUGAAUAAUGAACAAUAAUGAAAAGUUCUUAUCAGAUAUACAUAAGUAAUAAUUCACAUGGAUAUUUCUGGGUUUUACAAAACACUCAGUCUUUUAAUAUGGUUAUUUUCUAUUGGUUGAAACACACUUUCACUAAAAAAUAAAUCAAUGAUAAUAUUAAAAACUCUAGUAAGUAUAAAGUACUGUAAAUUUGAUCAAGUUUAUUCCUUAAAUUUUCCAAGACUUGUUUGUUUAUAUUAAAUAGCAUUAAAAAGUAUUAUCAAUCAUUAACAUGUCCAGUUCAUUGCACUGAGGAAAAAGUGUGUGUUGGGACAGUCUAUAUAUUCUAGUUUAUACUUGCUUUGGGAGCUUAUAUGUAUAUAAAACAAUAUAAAACAGAUCUUAUCAGCCGAAAGGAAAUGUUGGAACUUGAUGUGAUUAGUUCUGGGACAAAUAUCACAUAUUACUUUGAGGUAUUAGAUUGUUCAGUUACAGUUACAUAGAAAGAUCACUUGUCAGGGAAUAUGUUUGACCCUGAGUUAGGGAUGUAAAACCCUUUUGUUGCAUUUCUCAGAAUCUUAUGGACAUUCUUGCCUUAAACCAGUACUGUAUUAUGUUCCAAUACAUUUUUCUUCCCACAUCUGAAAUUCAUGAAAAUUUGGGGGCAUAUGUUUUUUUUUUCCAAAUGUAUGCAUGUUUCUUGUUGACUUACAUGCCUCUGAGUUCAUUUUUCAGAUGUAUAUGUUUUAGUUGUGCACAUUUCUCAAAUCACACAUAAUUUGUGCCCAUUUUUUCUUUGCCACACACAUUGCGAUCCUCCAGAAUUUCAUAUUGAUUUCUGAGGCAAGAUGUGCUUCAUCCUGUUGGCAGUCUCUACAGGCACGAAAUGGAUGUUUUUAUAGGGAAAUGUGAAUGCAACACAUUUCUUUCCCUCCUAAUCCUGAAUAUAUUUAUUCAGAAGCAAGUUCAGUAGGAUUUGGUCGUUGGUAUGUUUAUCUUCUAGAGUUGGGUCCAUGUUGGAACACUCAGGAAUGUGUGUGUGCGCGCGCAUGCGCACAUAUGCCUGCCUGCUCUCCUCCACCCCCACCUCAUUUCAAAAGACAUACAUCCUGCACUAUUGUAAACAAAUAUUGAAAUUCCCAUCACUUUUAGAAACUGAUUUUUAUGCAACCUGGGUAAAAGGCUGCCCUUUAAGAAUUACAAGCUUAAUUUCUCUUUUCACAUACUGAGGUAGUUUCGAACUAUUUUGAAUUGUGGCUUAUAUCUGUUAUGUAAUGUACACUUCAGUAGGCUCUCAUUAAAUACAAUAAGGAUUUCUAAGUAAAUAUACUUCUGAUGAUUAUAUAGCAUUUAAAUAAAGUUGUGAAUAUUCGUUGUGCUGGAUCCGCACCCCAUUUUUAGACUAAACCCAAUGAAAUCACUGAAUGUUAAAGUGAUUGCAUAUGUUUUAUUAAUGUCAGUGUGACAGUCCUCAAACAAAAUCUGGAUUUCUCCCAUUAUGUCUGAAUAUAUUUUAAUAAGUAGAUUUUCUGUUCUGAGAAUCUGUUGAACCCAUGUUUCUUAUGGCAAAGCACAGGACACAAGCACACUGCCUCUUGGUAACAAUAACAGCAAUUAGCCAGUCUUCUUUAAACCAAAAGUAAUUUUUCUUGGGGACUUUUUACAAACCAGUACUAUAUAUCAUGUAGCUUUUCAUCUUGGUCUACAGAGUUGAAGGCCAUUUGGCAAGACAUAAUGAAACAAAUGGGUAGGCUUAAGCAGUCUAUUUCAUGAUACCUUCUGGAACUUCCACUUGCGUUGGUGAAGUACAUAAUUCAGCAAGCAAAUGAAAAUGACUUCAAAUUGGGCUUGAAUUCUCCUGGGCUUUGUAAAUGUUUUCUGUUCUACUUGUAAACAAAAUGUGAAUUGGGUGGUUGUAUUUUGUUUUAAUCUUCCACUGUAAAGAAUCUGCAUUUUUAAAAAGAAAAAAAAUGUUACAAUUAAUGAACAGAUAACUGCUUUGGAUAGCAGUUCCUAAUGUAUUGUGGAGAGAAAGGACUGGUUAUCCAAAAUGUAACGUUCUCAUAAUGGAUCAGGUUUGUCACAAAGGCCAACCAGUUGUCUCUGGAAAGUCCAAAAGCUGGUUAUGGAAGCCAUAGCCCAAUAUCAUUGUUGCUUACCAUUAACUGGUGUCCUGUAAUAGUUGACUGCCUCUAACCUCUCACUUCUUUACAGUUUUCUUGACUAUUAACCACUACGUUGCAUUAAUUUUUCCAAUCCCAUUUUAAAAGCAUCUAAGAUAUUGUUCAUCACCACAUACUAUAGAAGGGUCACUCACCUUCCUCAGCUGUGAUUAAUUGUAUCAUGUGGAAUAGGAAGACUUGGGGAGUAGAAAUACGAGGAAAAGAGAGCAGGCAUGAAAAAAGGGAAUGACAAAGAAAAGAGGUUUGGGGGAAACAGCGAACAAGGUUUCUGGGCAGAGAGGCUGUUCAAUUGAUAGGAGAAAGCAUGGCAUAAAGCAGACAACAGAGUCAAUUUCAUCAUUUUGGCUUUCAGGGAGAGUUCAUGCA